UACGCCUCGGAUGUGGUGGAGGGUGCCAGAGGAAUACGGAAAGGAGUAUAAAAUGAUUCAACGGACAGGGAAUCGAUGCAGUUCGCUUCGCCUAGUCUCUCAAAUCUCACAGCAGCAAAACAGCAACCAUGGUUUUUAAGCUGGUAACCGCUUUUGUGGUUCCCUUGGCUACUAUUGUCUUGGCAGCCACACCAGGACCCUAUCAUCCCCAACCCACUCCUUAUGCUCCCCAUGCUCCUCCUCCUCAUCACCCAGAACCUGUGUACCCCGAUCCUCACCACGCCCCUCCUCAUCACCCCGCCCCGCACGCCCCUCAGGGGUAUUGUGAUCCCAAAGCUCCCCCCAAGUGCGCCCACCAGUCUGACCUUCCCUUUUGCUUGGAGGACCCCGAGUAUCCCGAUUAUGAGAUCGCCAACAAGAUCAGUCAAGAUCCCAUCUUCCUGAAGAAGUACUCGGAUGUGCCCGAUCAAUCUGCCGAUGAUCUGGUUGAGCAUAUCACCAAGUACCAGGAGGAUGCUUUCGAUUACGCUUACUACACCGGUGCCUCCAAGGGACCCUCUCCCUUCGACCUAUCUCAUUGGGCUGGCCCUGAGGGCUAUCUCUGCCCCUCUCAAGUGGACUAUGCCAAGAUCAAGCGGGCCGUGAAUGUGGAAGGAUACUGGCGUAUCAUUCUCCAACACGUGCCCAAAGAGUACGGCUACGGCCACUACAACUACACCCAAACCACCCGUCUUGAGACCUGCCUCACUCCCGACAGUGCCUGUCGUCUCCUUGCCCCUUGCUACAACUCCAAGUGUACCCAAAAGUACGUGUACCACCGCAUGGUCUCAGUGGAUCCUUGUGAUCCUUACCGUGGGUUCUUCAUUGAUACCUACAAGCUGCCAUCCGCUUGCUCUUGCCAUGUUCCCCAAUAAGUUCUCGGAACUUGUCCUCAAUCCCUCUCCUCAACUCCCCAUCUCCCUCCCCUCCUCCCGUGUCCUGCCAAAUUCGUAUCAUUCUUCCCAAAGACUUGUGACUAUUUAUUUUUCUAAUUUAUUGACCACCCAAAACCACAUUACUUACUGUUCUGUACUUAUGCUCAUCGUAUUCACCCCCGACCUUUCCCCUGACAAAUCCUAGUGUGAGAAGGCCGAUCUGGAUUAGUCUCUCUCCCUGGUGUUGAUCACAUCACUCUCAUGGCGUAAGGAACUGCGAACCAACAUCGAAAAAACGCCCACCGUGAUCAUGACCUCGGAGAUCUGAUAUGUCCGGUUGGCCAUCAACAAACCACGCGACCACCCACCUCCUCCCAAGUAUUACUAUUUAUCUUAAUCUACAAAUUGUUCAUCCCAAGAACUGUGAUAUUGCCAUUUUUGUGGUGCGGUUAUGUUGCUGUGAGAUUUCCCAAAUAAAGAAGCGAACUACGAAAAAACUCAA